CGUGGCCGGCGGGGCCGACAGGUAACUCGCCCAGAGAGGGCGGGGGCCGGUAGCCGCCCCGCCCUGCGGGGCGCCUUGGGCGGGUUUCAGCAGCGCCCACUGCGGCAGCUGGGCCGCAGGUGCCGCCCAUAACACACGGUGUCCCGCCCAAGCCGAUCUGCGUCUGCCGUCGGUCGGUGAGUGCGUGCGCUUCGUCGGUCCGCGUGUGUCUGUCUGGCCGAGCACCCCCCCCCCCUGCGGCCAUGACUCCGCCGCCACCCCAGCCACCGCCCUCAGGCCCGAACCCCGCCGCAGACUCCGCUGCCGACCCCCGUCCCGGGCCUGGACCCCUGGUCGUACUGUUCGGGGCCACGGCGGGUGCGCUGGGGCAGGACCUGGGCUCCGACGAGACCGACUUAAUCCUCCUAGUCUGGCAAGUUAUGGAGCCGCGGAGCCGCCAGGUGGGGACAUUGCAUAAGUCACUGGUGCGCGCCGAGGCGGCCGCACUGAGCCCGCAGUGCCGCGAGGCGAGCGGCCUGAGCGCCGACAGCCUGGCGCGGGCCGAGCCGCUGGACAAGGUGCUGCAGCAGUUCUCACAGCUGGUGAGCGGGGAUGUGGCUUUGCUGGGCGGGGGCCCCUACAUGUUCUGCACGGAUGGGCAGCAGCUGCUGCGACAGGUCCUGCACCCUGAGGCCUCCAGGAAGAACCUGGUGCUCCCCGACACCUUCUUCUCCUUCUACGACCUCCGCAGAGAGUUCCACGUACAGCACCCGAGCACCCGCCCUGCCAGGGAUCUCACUGUGGCCACCAUGGCACAGGACUUGGGGCUGGAGACAGAUGCCACAGAGGACGAUUUUGGGGUGUGGGAAGUGAAGACAAUGGUAGCUGUCAUCCUCCACCUGCUUGAUGGACCCAGCGGUCAACUGUUUUCGAAGCCCGAAGUGGUAAAGCAGAAAUAUGAGACAGGGCCUUGCAGCAAGGCCGACGUGGUGGACAGCGAGACUGUGGUUCGGGCUCGCGGGCUGCCCUGGCAGUCAUCAGACCAGGACGUGGCUAGAUUCUUCAAAGGGCUCAAUAUUGCCAGGGGUGGUGUAGCACUGUGCCUCAACGCCCAGGGCCGAAGAAAUGGUGAGGCCCUCAUCCGUUUUGUGGACAGCGAGCAGCGGGACCUAGCACUGCAGAGACACAAGCACCACAUGGGUGUCCGCUAUAUCGAGGUAUAUAAAGCAACAGGAGAGGAGUUUGUAAAGAUCGCAGGGGGCACUUCACUAGAGGUGGCUCGUUUCCUGUCACGGGAAGACCAAGUGAUCCUGCGGCUGCGGGGACUGCCCUUCUCGGCUGGGCCAGCAGAUGUGCUAGGCUUCCUGGGGCCAGAGUGCCCAGUGACUGGGGGUGCCGAUGGGCUGCUCUUUGUGCGCCACCCUGACGGCCGGCCCACUGGUGAUGCCUUUGCCCUCUUCGCCUGUGAGGAGCUGGCACAGGCUGCAUUACGCAGGCAUAAGGGCACGCUGGGUAAGCGAUACAUUGAACUCUUCCGGAGCACUGCAGCCGAGGUGCAGCAGGUCCUGAACCGCUAUGCCUCCAGCCCACUCCUUCCCACACUGACUGCUCCACUGCUGCCUAUCCCCUUCCCACUGGCAGCUGGGACCGGGAGAGACUGUGUACGCCUUCGAGGCCUGCCCUACACAGCCACCAUCGAAGACAUCCUAAGUUUUCUGGGGGAGGCAGCGGCUGACAUUCGGCCCCACGGUGUGCACAUGGUACUCAACCAGCAGGGCCGGCCAUCGGGUGAUGCCUUCAUCCAGAUGACAUCAGCAGAGCGGGCCCUAGCUGCUGCUCAGCGUUGCCAUAAGAAAGCAAUGAAGGAACGCUAUGUGGAGGUGGUCCCCUGCUCCACAGAGGAGAUGAGCCAUGUCCUGAUGGGCACCUUGGGCCGCAGUGGCAUGUCCCCUCCACCCUGCAAGCUGCCCUGUGAGUGUCCCAGGGGGCUGGGGAAGAAGGAGGCAUGUGGGGGCCAGGCUGUUAUAACCCUCACUUUCUACGGUGGGGACUCCCUUCUGGCUGCCCCAUCCAGGGCAGUGCUGGGCUCCCUGCAGAUAUGCUCUCUACUUCUGCCUCUAGGCCUCUCACCGCCCACCUACGCCACCUUCCAGGCCACCCCAACACUCAUUCCCACUGAGACAGCAGCUCUGUAUCCCUCUUCAGCACUGCUCCCAGCUGCCAGGGUGCCCGCUGCCCCCACCCCGGUGGCCUACUACCCAGGGCCAGCCACUCAACUCUACAUGAACUACACAGCUUACUACCCCAGCCCCCCAGUCUCCCCCACCACUGUGGGCUACCUCACCACGCCCCCUGCUGCCCUGGCCUCUGCUCCCACCUCAGUGUUGUCCCAGCCAGGAGCGCUGGUCCGUAUGCAGGGUGUCCCAUACACAGCUGGUAUGAAGGAUCUGCUCAGCAUCUUCCAGGCCUACCAGCUAGCCCCUGAUGACUACACCAGUCUGGUGCCUGUUGGUGACCCACCUCGCACUGUGCUACAGGCCCCCAAAGAAUGGGUGUGUUUGUAGGUGAGGGAGCCAGGAGGUAAGAGCUGGCUGAUGUCCUCAGCUAACGGGACUCUCUCUCCUGCAUCCAGAGAACCAGUGCCCUCAACCUGGUUGGUAGCUUCUUUCUGGCUUGUCAAAAUUCUCAGAAGGCCCCCAGAGGAGCUCAAGCCCUAGCUCCAUCCCCCCUACUUAUUACUCUGCCUGUCUACCCCAAAGACGAUGGCUGGACCCUAAAUGCAGGGCUGGGGGUGGAAUGGCACUACCCUGCUCCCAGUGGUCUGAUCUGGGCCUCUUAAGUAGCAGAGAGCCUUUGUUCUGUUUUGGCUAUGGUCCAUGCCUACAGAUUCCAUAGGGCUGAUGUCCAUAGCAGGCUUGCUUUCUUUUUAAAAUGUAAACCCUGGUGCCUUCAGCGUAUGACUCCAGAGGGCUUCUGAGUAAAGAUCUCAAUGUUCUACCUUCCCCUGUCCCUUCUGGUGGGGGGCAGGGUGGCAGAGAGCGCUGGCCCCAGUUCCCAGGGUACUGACCUCUGUGGUCACACUGCCGCCAGGGGUGGUCCCACCUAAGGAUGCUAGCCCCCCUUUAGCUUGACACAAAGAAUAACAGAUGGCAAAAAUCACAGGCUGUUUUGAUGGACUGUACUGCAAUAUCCCCAGAGGACAAUAGGGGGCAGGAGGCCCGCACACAAAAACUCAGGCUUGACUUUUAAAGGGACUUCUGCCUACUUUUCAUGUACACCUUGGGCAGGUCAGUUGUCCUGAACUCAGCAGACACCUUGGAAUGUCCUUUGCACCCAUUAGAGGGUGCUGAACUGAAGCUUCGGAAGGAAUUUGGAACUCUACCCUCUCCUCCGUAAAAUAAACAAA